AUGAAGGUUCAAGGAGACUACAGUAUCACGACAGGGAAGAUCAAGACGUUCGGGUUAGCUGACUAUGGAGUUACCUCUGCCAUGUUGGUCGUUUCUGCCGCGGUAGGGAUCUUUUACGUCAUCAAGGACCGUAACCGCGGCACGAUGACGGAGUACGUGUUAGGGGGACGUCACAUGCACUACAUCCCCGUCUCGAUGUCUCUGAUGGUGACGUUCAUCUCGGCAUUGUCGUUGCUAGGAGCGCCGGUGGAGGUUUAUAGAAGUAACACUAUGAUGAUCUGGCUUCCGGUAGCUGCCGUUGCUGGAGUCCUUGUGGCUGGAAGGAUCUUCAUUCCCUUCUUUUAUCAGCUUAAUAUUAACAAUGUGUUUAAGAUGGUCCAUACAGCUAUGGUACUCUAUGCCCCAUCUCUGGCUGUCAGUUCAGUUACCGGGCUCAACGUGUGGGCUUUGGUGUUUGUGUUCGGCUCGGUCACCACCCUCUGUACAGCACUGGGUGGAAUGAAGGCUGUGUUGUGGACGGACACGUUCCAGGCAGUUGUUAUGGUCGUCGGGGUUGCUACCCUGAUGGUUCGGUCUGCUGCAGCCGUCGGGGGUUUCAGAAGCGCAUGGGCCAUCGCCGACAACAGAUCCAGGAUUAAAUUGGAUGAGUAUGCAUACUUGUGGUUUAGCCUGGACCCGUCAACAAGGUACUCCGUAUGGUCCUUCAUGGUCGGAGGUACCGUCAUGAUGACAGCAAUGUAUGGAGUACACCAAGCUGAGGUACAGAGGACACUGUCCUGCUCCAGUCUCGGAUAUGCUCAGAUAGCUAUGGCGAUAAAUAGCGUGGGGCUUGUGUUAGUCUAUGCACUUUUGGUGAUGACUGGCGUUGCUAUGUUCGCCUUCUACAGCGAGUGUCACCCCGUCAGCUUCAACAUCAUCGACAAAGACAUGCAACUGCUUCCCCUGCUGGUGAUGGACAUCCUGGGAGGUGUGCCGGGGCUGCCGGGACUCAUCAUGUCCUCCAUACUGUGUGGGAGUCUCAGGUACAUACUGUGUGGGAGUCUCAGGUAUUACUGUGCGGGAGACUCAGGUACAUACUGCCUGGAGUUCUCAGGCAAUGUGAUGCCACUGAACAAUAAAUUCACCAUCUCCUUGACCAGCACCGUGUCCAGCGUCCUGAAUGCCCUGGGGACUGUGAUUCCAGAUGACUUCAUCACUCCAUUCUGCCUGGAGGAUCUGUCGGACAAAGGACAAACAAGGCUUGCCAAGACUACAGUGUUGGUGUGCGGCGUGAUAGAAAUGUGCCUCGCAGUUCUUGCCUCUAAAGUUGGAAUUCUUUUCCAGGCGGUGCAAAGCGUUUCGGCAGUGUUUCUUGGUCCGACUUUAGGAUUAUUUUCCCUUGGGAUGUUCUGUCCUUGGGCUAAUGUUACGGGAGCAAUCUGCGGAUUUGUUUCUGCGUUUGUAUUGACCGGGUGGAUCGCGGUAGGGGCGUUUGUGCACAAGGUGGGCAGAUCUCCCGCUCCGUCAUCAACUCGGGUCACCGACGGGUGUAACUGGAACCUUACAUUACUGGCAAAUUUGACCUCGGAAACCACGACAGUCAUGACGACACCGACAAACAUCAACAUUACAUCGCCACUUGAUUCAGAGGCUGAGCUGAACUUCCCUUACACCAUAUCCUUCAUGUACUACCAAGCUAUUGGUGUGUGUGUGGUACUCGUGGUCGGCAUCAUUGUCAGCGUCAUCACAGGUCCUACAAGCCCGAAGUCCCUUGAUCCACGUUUGAUCUGUCCAGUGUUUGACCGAGUCUUCCCUUACUUGCCUGAAUGGUUUCUCAAACCUCUCAGGUUCGGCAUCGUACAUGACGGGAAAUACAACAAAUCACGUGCAGGGAGCAGUCAGAUGGACCCUAAGGGAGAUGCAGAGACGUUUUUGUAAAACAUCAAUCUUGGUCACUAUACCACCACCAUUUCAUUGGAGCCAAGCAACGUCGAAACGUGGAGCUUGUCAUGAAUGCUUCCCAUUGGAUAUGCCAGAGUAGAUAAAGUCAUUGUGUAGUCUCAUAUUUCAGCCGAAAUUGCCUAGGCAGAAGGCGACCUCUUAAACACCUAAUGCAACAACAACAACUCAUAUUUCAAUGAGUUCUUCUACAGUUAAUAGAAUUAAGGUUCAAAAUGUCUUCUUCUUUUUCGUUAUGGCUAUAAUAAUGAAGCCGCUUUUGAACUUAUGCAAUCUUCAACUCCUCUUUCGGUUAUCCUACACGCCAAUCAUGAGUAAAAACAGUGUGUGCACCGUUUGUAAACUACUAAAUAUUGUCAGUGAUCUUAAGGAAUAUAUGAUGUAUGACUUCCCAUACAUACCACAAAAUUAAAC